UGAAGAAAAGAAAAUGACACUUGAUGGUUAUGAGAAGAUCAGGACAGUUGGAAAGGGGGCUUUCGGCACUGCAGUACUUUACCGAAGAUUGACAUCUGAUCUGUUAGUAGUGAUCAAGGAAAUCAACAUGCUGGAACUCAGCACAACUGAGAGACAGAUGGCCCUCAACGAGGUACAGGUGCUGUCUUCUCUAAGUCAUCCCAACAUCAUCCGUUAUCUUGGCAGUUUUGAAGUGGACGGAUUACUUAUGAUAGAGAUGGAGUACGCAGAUGGUGGUACACUCGCUCAACUAAUCACCCGUUCAUCUCAACUCUCAGAGCUCAAAGUACUCACUCUAUUCAUACAGUGUGUGGCCGCCAUAAAAUACAUGCACCAAAAUAACAUUUUGCAUAGGGAUUUAAAGACAGCAAAUGUAUUUCUAACAAAACAGAACAUAAUCAAAGUCGGAGAUUUUGGCAUUUCUAAAGUGAUGUCAACCAAGGGUCAGGCUCAGACAGUGUUAGGCACACCUUACUACAUCAGCCCAGAGAUGUGUGAGGGAAAGCAAUACGACCACAAGUCAGAUAUUUGGGCCCUCGGCUGUAUAUUGUAUGAAAUGGCUUGCUUACAAAAAACUUUUCAAGGGAAUAAUUUGCCUGUUCUAGUUAAUAAAAUUAUGAAAGGAACAUACGACCCUGUACCUAAUGUGUACUCAGAGGGAUUAAGAAAUUUAGUAAUGCAUUUACUCCAGAAAGAACCUAAUGCAAGACCAACUACUACUGAGGUAUACAGUCGAGUCAGUAACCUUCUGGAACAAGCUCGAAAAAAUGCAGUGUCUGUAGUGGACCAAACACAUAUCAGAUCAAUUCUGUACCAGUUAUCAGGCAGUGGAACCACAUUUUCUUGUGUUCCCUUGCCAUUGCCACCCACACUCCAUAUUGUGCAAGUAGCAGUAAGUGACACUCAUUACAUCGCCGUGUCUGCAGACAUGAGAGUUUACACGUGGGGAGAAGGUAAAAGAGGUCAGUUGGGUCACACCAAUUCUCCUUUGUGGCUUCAGCAACCGACACUUGUUAGAACACUAACUGACAGAAAAAUAACAGCUGUAGGAGCAGGGGAUGGGUUUAGUUUGUUUCUGAGUGACUCAGGUGUGCUCAUGACUUGUGGUGAUGGAACAUUUGGAUGUCUCGGUAAUGGAGAUUGGAGCAGCACGUCUAGACCUCAACUGGUAGACAGUCUACUCAACAAGGAGGUGACACAAAUAUCUUGUGGGGACCAUCACUGUGCUGCUGUCACGAGAGAUGGAGUAUUGUUUACGUGGGGUCGUGGAGACUCAGGACGGCUAGGCACUGGAAAUGAGCAUAACUACUGUGUCCCAUCCAGAGUGACAGUACCUACAACAGUCCGCAGGGUCAUUUGUGGACCUGACUGUACUGCCAUCAUCUCUAAUACUGGAGCUGUUUAUGUGUGUGGGAACAACUCUCACAACAAGCUGGGCCUCUCAAAUAAGUGGCAGAUUUUUGGUUUGAAACAUAACCCAUCAGAAAAAAACCUCAUUUUACGAGUUGUGACAGCCCUUAAUUCAUGGAGAAUAGAAAACAUAUCUUUCUCGACUGACCACAGUGCAGCUUUGAGUGAAUGUGGCCAAGUUAUAACUAUGGGCAACAACUCUGAAGCUCAAGUAGGACACAUGGCUGGAAAACCUCAUGUCAUGACAGCAGUACAGGACAAGAUAGCAAAUCUUGUGGAGUGUGGGCCGACCUACACAGUGAUGGCUACCAUUCAUAAUGCUUUGUACUUUUGGGGCACUCGUUACCUCGGUGCAGCAACAUUGUCACAUCGUGUUCAAAACCCAGAAGAGAUGCUGGCUUUGUAUGCAUCACCUACACAGAUAGAGCAAGGAGAGGUGGUGACUGUGGCAGGCAUCUACACACUUUGGGAUACUAUCUUGCUUCUGGUCAACACCACAAUGCCUCUCGCCACCACAGGGGAAUGUGACACUAGCAGCCCAAUACCUAACUGGAUAGCAGUUGAGCUGGCACAAGCUGAACAUCCAUGGAGCGAACAACUUACAUCAUUGUAGACAUGCUUCUUAUUAUGUUAAAUGUCAUUCAAAAAUAUGUGUAUAAUAUCAUUGUAAAUAAUGUUUGUUAUGGUAACAUUCGGACCUGUGUUACAAACAAAUAAGUUUGAGAUUAACCUACGAGGAAACAACCUGUAGGAGAUUAGUAAGGUUAAGUUCCCACUAUAAGUGUACAUAAAAUUACAUCUUACGCAACAAAAACUGUCCCCUCAAACUCUUCUUUUGGUGAUUGUGAUUCAAAGGGAAUGUCACAUUAAAAGACAAGAAAGUAUCCAUUAAAAGUAAACAAGAACACUGCAAAUAUCAAGAUUUGUAAAAAUUAUUGUUCCAUUUAAAGAAUUGUAGGUAACAACACCUCUUAUUUCCAUCUACGCCUUAUCGAUUGUUGUACACAUACUUAAUCAAAAUAAGAGCUCAAAUUUUAGUAAAAACAUUAUUCUGUA